GCCGCACAAUGGCAAAGAUUCGUUUGUCGAACGUGCAACGCGCGCGAUCAAGACUUUGUGCUCCCGCUGCUGUCAAUUUCUCGAAGCAUAGGCAGGAAAAACAACAAACGCCAGCUAUGUUUAAUGCAUUAAUCCGAAUUGCGAGCAUUUGACAAGGAAAACGAGGAAAUUCCGCAGUGACUGUGAAAGUAAUAAGCAACAACAAUAAAAACAACUACAGCUAGGAGCUGCUAAAUAUAUACAAUUACUAGUCCGUUGCCCACAACGACACAAUGAGAAUUCAAAUAUUGGCCUUAACACUUUUGCUCGGCCUUGUCAGCGUUCGCGCGCUUGAAGCCAAAGCCAAAAGCGAGAGCAGCUCCGCCCCCGCACAGGUGGAAAAGGAAGCGACCAAAGACAAGCGGCAGGUGAGCAGCAAGGAGACGCCUCUAUAUCCGAAUCAUCGCAGCGAGGCUGCCGAGGCGGCCGACGAUCCCGAGGAUGGCCAGGAGACGAUCUACGGCCCGAAACCGAAUCAGUUCAUCAUACGCCCCAUUGCCCCGCAUCAGCAUCAGCAACACGAGUCGCAUCAGGAGCCGCAGUUGCGCAACUUUGCAGCGUCCAAUUCCCGUCCACAUGCCGCACAGUUGCUGGAGCAGAGCCAAGAGAUACAGCACUAUGUUUAUUUGCAAGACAUUCAGCGGCACCAGCCCAAAGUGCAGGCGUCUGCGGCUCAAGGUAAGACAGCAGCUGGCAGCGCGCCCGCCAAAAAGGCAACGCCUGUCGCCGAGGAGGAGCAGGAACAGGAGGCGGAACAACGUUAUGCGGUGUCCAUACAACCACAGCCAGGACUCAGAAGUGGCCCCUAUGGACCAGGACCCUAUCAGCUGCCCUUGCCCCUGCCCGCACCCCAACAUCAGCAUCAACAGCAGCAGCAGCAUCAGCAGCAACAGCAGCAACAGCAGCCGUAUCAGAUCAUACCCGAGGAACAAUUCCUAAAAUUGCUUGAGGAGGAGCUGCAGGCACGUGCCUAUCACGAACAGCUGCGUCAACAGCAGCAGCAGCAGCACCAACAACAGCAACAGCAGCAGCAACAGCAACAGCAGACCCAGCCCAAGGCUUUGCCCAUACACAGCACAGCAGCCACGCACAAGGUGCUGCAGCAGGCAGAGCCUGUCCUCGGCCUGGGCGGCUAUCGCGAUCGCUAUGUGGCCGAGCAGCAGCUGGUGCAGCCCAGCUACUCGCGCGGCGGACCCAAAUAUCUGCCCUUGCCACAGCAGCAACAGGAGGAGGAUGACUCGCCAGCGCCCGUUCCCCAACAGCGUCAUCAGCCGCAGCCGCAGCAGCAUCACCAGCAGCAGCUUGUGCUGCCGCCGCAGAUUGCCUACUAUCAGCCGCAGAUUAGUUACAAGACGCUGCCCAAUCAUCCGCUGGCCAAAUCCUCGCUAGAGAGCGAAAUUGAGAAGUUAUUGGCCGCCAACAAGCCCGGCUCGGGCCAACAGGCGCUGGCCUAUGUGGACAGCAGCAAUGAGCCAACGCUGGUCAAUCAUCAGCAGCAUGCGACUCGGCUACCGCCACCACAGCAUCCGCCGCCGCCCACCUCGCAUCCGGCGCUGCGUCAGCCCAAGGCUUAUUUGGCCAGCACGCCCAAUUCGCUGCUGGAUGCCAACAAUCAGCCUUUUGUGCCGUCGCUUUUCAAGUUCAGCAGCUUCCAGCAGCCCACGCCCAUUUAUCCGGGACAGCAGGAGCAGCAGCAACGACAGCAGCUCGAGGCCAAGCGACUAGGCCCCGUUGUCUACCCAACGGGCGCACCUGCUCAGCCACAGCCCUCGCAGUACUACUACCAGGAGGCGGCGCCCACAGCAGCGCCCAAGCCCAAACAUUAUCGCACCAAGCACUACAAACUGCCCACACCCAGUCCCACCAAAUCCUAUGAGAAGGCCCUGCUCUAUGCUGACUAUGCUGAGCGUGCACAGCCGCCGGCGCCAGCACCCACAAAUGCCCAUUUCUAUCCCAGUCCACCUGAUCCCAUCAAGCAUGCGUCCCAGCGUACUGUGGUGCCCACAGUGCAGCCCAUUGAUUAUCCAGCGCACCCCUCACCCUCGCAGUCUAGCAUUUAUGUUUCCCAAGGUACUGGCAUAGCCACGCCCUCUCGUGUCACGCCCACAGCAGCAGCUGUGCACAAGCUGCGCACACUGGACGAGGUAAAGCAGCUGAAUUUGCCGCCACCGAAUGGCAAACCCCUCACCCAGGCCGAGUUCCAGGCGCUUGUCGAGGCUGGCUACCCAGUCAAGGCGGUGCCAGUGCCAGUGCCCGUACCCUAUGAGCAGUACGUCAAGGAUCAUCCCGAGUAUCGCAACCAUCCGCCCGUAGACUAUGCGCAUCUGAUGCGCCUGGCCACACGCCAGCUGGCCGCACAUCAGCAUCAACAUCAACAUCAGCACCAGCUGGCGCAUCAGCGCUCAGCACCCUCUGAGCCGUCAGUGAAAAUCCUGUCUACGCCCACUUCUGCCGAGACGCAGCAGACGGCGACGGGCCUUGGUGGCGGCAGCAUCACCUAUUUGCAGCGCCGGCCGCGGGAUGAGCAGGACACAGCCGUGGCUGGCAGCGAGACGAAGGCAACGGAGCCCGAGCCGACGAAGGCUACAUAAGUUGCGAUCCUUUAGUUAAUGUCACUCGCCCCUUGUCUAGUUAUAAGUAUUGUAAAAAUGUUUCUGCAUAUUCAGCACUUUAAUAACGUUAAAUUAUAAAUAAAUCAAAAAAAAAAUCUAAUUAAUAAUCACAGCUACCC